AUGGAUAUGACGGUGUCGCAGUUUACUAAGGAAAUCAGGAUACAGUGCCGCGGUCGUCGGAAGUACGACCCAGCCUAUUAUGGACGGUGGUGCUGGUGGAUCCAAGGAUUUAUCUCGCCGGGAAGAUGUGAAAAAUUUGACCGAGACCGUGACCGGAAUAUGAUAAGAGUCGAGAUCUUUUCCGUUACAAAAAUCUGGCGGGUCGGGAGGUACCGGAGGGUUCGAUGGGUGAAGGGUGUUAAGCAGGGGAGGAAACAACCUACGGUGAGAGAGUCUUACCGCCGAUUGUGA